UGCGGGGCCGAGGACUGAUAGAAAGACUGCGGCGCCUGCCUGUGUUGGGUCGGCAUCCGGGGUCUCGACCGGCUCUCUCAGAACCUGCGGCGGAGCCGGCCCCCGGCACGAGCGCGGGUGUCCCGCGCUGAGCCCGCCCUGAGCUGAGCGUUAACUGGAGGAGGCCCCUUUAACAGGCUAAGUUCGCGCGGCGACGCCGGGACGAAUUCGACCCAUUGUGCAGACGCGGCUGAUGAGGCUUGGAGGUCCGCACUUUGCAGCCCCACGCAGAGACCCGCUACGAGCCAGCCCAGAUUUUUCUCUCCGCUCGCCUGCAGCUACGGCUCCGUGCGUGCACUUCGCCAGUCCCUGCCCUCUUCCCCGCUCCUCGCCUCUCUACACCUACGGGCGUUCUUAAAUUACUUGUCCGGGGGAGGUCAGGCGGCCGGUCUCAGGGAUGAACUACAACUCCCAUGAGGUACUGGAGCCGUGCAGGCCCGUUGAGGUUCAGCCCACCUGCGCUGGAAUUCCAUUGGCUAGCCCAACUCCGAGCUGGGAGUCCUGAUUGGCUGGGGGGCCUGAGGCGACAAAUUCCGGAAAGGGGAAGAGCAGCCAACAUGGCGGCGGAGCACGGCGCGGGCCAGCAACUGUCGCAGGAGAUGAUGGAGGAACGUGGGCCUGUGAACUGGGCUGGUUUUCUUGACCAAAUGAAAUGGAUAGUGGAGCAUGGAUGAAGUUGACAGGCGGAUGGAGUCUGAAGAAUCGGGCGAUGAAGAAGGGAAAAAGCAGAGCAGCGGUAUAGUGGCAGACCUCAGCGAGCACAGCCUGAAGGAUGGAGAGGAGCGGGGGAAAGAAGAACCAGCAGGACAAGAGCUGCCUGUGGAUAUGGAAACCAUUACCCUGGACAGAGAUGCAGAGGAUAUUGACCUGAAUCACUGCCGCAUUGGAAAAAUUGAAGGAUUUGAGGUUCUGAAGAAAGUGAAGACACUCUGCCUCCGUCAGAAUCUAAUUAAGUGCAUUGAGAACCUGGAGGAGCUGCACAGCCUCCGAGAACUGGACCUCUAUGACAACCAGAUCAAGAAGAUAGAGAAUCUGGACACACUAACAGAGCUGGAGAUUCUAGAUAUUUCUUUUAAUCUACUGAGAAACAUUGAAGGGGUUGACAAGUUGACAAACCUGAAAAAACUCUUCUUAGUCAACAAUAAAAUCAAUAAAAUUGAGAACUUGAGCAAUUUAUGUCAACUGGAGAUGCUGGAGCUGGGAUCCAAUCGCAUCCGGGCCAUUGAAAAUAUCGACACGUUAACCAAUUUGGACAGUUUGUUUUUGGGGAAAAACAAGAUCACUAAACUUCAGAACCUGGAUGCACUCUCCAACCUGACAGUCCUCAGUAUACAGAGCAACAGGCUGACCAAGAUGGAGGGUCUACAGAGCCUGGUGAACCUGAGGGAGCUGUACCUCAGCCACAACGGCAUCGAGGUCAUAGAAGGCCUGGAGAACAACAACAAACUCACGAUGCUGGACAUUGCGGCAAACAGAAUUAAAAAGAUUGAAAAUAUCAGCCAUCUAACAGAGCUGCUGGAAUUCUGGAUGAAUGACAAUCUCCUUGAGAGCUGGAGCGACCUGGACGAGCUGAAGGGAGCCAAGAACCUGGAGACAGUGUACUUGGAGAGGAACCCCCUGCAGAAGGACCCACAGUACCGACGGAAGGUGAUGUUGGCACUGCCCAGCGUGCGGCAGAUCGACGCCACCUUCGUCAGGUUCUGACCCUCCUCGCCCUCACUUGCUUCUUUCUCUCCAAAAGAACUUCCUGGCCACGGUUUUUUAAUCCACCCGUUGCUCCUGAAAUCAUCACUAUCAACGGUCACAAACCAAUGGCAAUAAAAAGGCACUGAGUGAUCACUGCCGUGUGUACCACCA